CAUUGAAAAUAUUAUUUAAGAAACCUUGUGUUCUCGACUGUCUGAAACUUAAAUCCCAACUGAUUUCAAUCGAUCUUGUCCAUCGUUUCGUGCUCUUCAAAGCGGCAAACUUGAUCGAUUCCUACCAAUUAUGGAGGUAAACGCAUCAUCUUCGGCAGAUAUCGUUGUCGAUGAAUUCAACAAGACAAAGAAAGAUUGGGACGAUGCAUAUCUUCAAACCCUAACUUACAUUCGAGCCAUCGAAGAAUUCGGGAAAUCAAGAUCCAUUGGUGACGCAGUCGCCGUUAAUAACAAGAAAGAUUCGUUGCCCAGAUUGAACGGCCUUGCUCAAGAUGGACUGUCUUUGCUGUCCACUGCACAAUUCAACCUUGAUCUUUUGGUUCCACAACUUCCCACAGAUGAUCAUAUUCAAAAUGCAGAAUUGACUCUUCAGUCAUGGAACGAACAAAUUCAAAGUCUGCGGGCAAGUCUGAGAAAUGCUAAUCUUCAAGCAAAGGCGAACAUGAGGAAAGCUGCCCAAGAAGAGAGGGAGCUUCUCUUAGGAGGUGGAGAAGAGUCCACAGUUCGAAGGCGCAAUUUACAGACAAAAGCCGGAAUGACAUCUGCAGCAGAGAGCAUUACAGAGAGCCUUCGUCGUACACGCCAGCUGAUGGUUCAGGAGGUUGAACGGAGCGGAAGCACACUCAUGGCUUUUGAGGAAUCAACAGGAGUUUUGAAGAAAGCAGAAAGCGAAUACAAGGGUCAUCGAUCAUUACUGAUGCGAACUCGUAACUUGCUUUCAACAAUGAAGCGCCAAGAUGUUCUUGACAGGAUUAUACUUGUUGUGGGAUUCCUCGUAUUCUCGUUAGCUGUUCUUUACGUUGUGUCAAAGCGAAUUGGAAUACUCAAGUUGCAAAGAAAGGUUAUAGGUGCUAUCAAAGCUGGUAUGGCUGGAGAAGCAGAAGCCGCUAAGCGCGCUGGUGUAGAUGCUAUAAACCACAUUGCUCAGGUCAAUGAACUUGCUUUUCCGAAUGAUUUAGAACAACCAAUGCAUGAUGAACUUUGAAUCACAUAUGAAAAGUUUAUAGCAUGUAUAUUUCUGUACACAAUAGGCUGCUUUUGCCUUCAGUUCACCAGCUUUUAAUAUUUUUGAUCCAUGCAAUUGUUCAUGUUCU